GAGGGCUUAUCAUUUUCGACUGUUUUCAAAUUAGUACGUUCUUAAUGAAAAUAUCGUGAUGGAAGAUAUACAAGAACAUAAAAGGGAUCAUGGGUCAAGGGCUCGUCGAAAGAAGAAGAAUCGAGAUUAUGAAGUUACCGGUCAGACUACUAGUCGCCCCCCCAGCUACUAUUCGGACAACAGACGUGAAAGUGAUUAUCAAGAUAAUGAUUAUCGUAACCCAGAGCCUUUUGAGGCUCAUGCCGACUUAAGUGCUUCCAGAAGACAUUACUCCUCAAAUCGAGGUGUUUAUAAAGGUAGUAUGGAAAAGACGUACCCAAACGAAAAACCGGAACGUAUUAGAUCUAAAAAGUCGCAGAGACAUGACAAUAUGUCAACUACAGCUAAUACCGGACACAAGUAUUCCGUCGAUUACUACCAACAAAGUAUCAAUAAUUAUCCUAGUGACGAUGAAAAUCAAUACAGAAGUCGCGCAAGUUCUAGAGUUUCUCAAAACCAAGUACCCUAUCAUGGCGAUGAGAAAAGUGGGAUGUUUGGUUCUACUCGUUAUGAUUGUUCGGUACCACCUUCUCCUCUUUCAAGCAGUAUUCCAAUUUCUAGUGACCGUCCUGAAGAACAUCGGGAAUCAUUAGUGGGUCUGCACACCAACCUACCCUCUGAAUCCUACUCGAGUUACGAACAAAACAUACCAGAUGGUCGACAUUCCAGUGCGUUUGUUGGAAGUGGACGGGGAUUUUGGAAUCCUGACUUUGAACAUGGUCAACACCAACCCAUACCUCAGCAAAAUCUACCUGGAGUUUCACCGACGAAGAAUGUACUAGCAAAGUUAUUCGCCUCUUUUAGGCGACGCAAGCCGAAAGCUCAUGUAUCACAGAUUAUCAAGCCAUCUGAUCAUUCCACAUCAGUUCGUGUUAUUAUGCUUGAUGGUGAAGAGCUUACUUUCCAGUUGAGUCGUGAUGACAUUGGUCAAGUUCUCUUUGAUCAGGUUUGUCAGAACUUAGAUCUUUAUGAAGCUGACUACUUUGGACUGACGUUUAUUAGUAACAAAAUACGUACAUGGUUUUGGCUGGACCUACAGACCAAGAUUGGAAAGCAACUACGAGAUAAUGAGCAAGGGUUAUUUUAUUUUCAAGUUAAAUUCUACCCUCCUGAACCAUCCAUGCUACAAGAAGAGUUGACACGUUAUCAACUUACUUUGCAAAUUCGGCAAGAUAUUUACACUGGGAAACUUCCUUGCUCGUGGGUUACACAAGCAUUAUUGGGUUCGUUUAUGGUACAAGCAGAAUUAGGCGAUUUUGAUCCAGAUAACCAUACUGGGUCAGAUUAUUUGAAUGAAUUCGAAUUUGUCCCGUCACCUACUCCUCAACUAAUGAAAAAAAUUGUGGAAUUGCAUAAAACCCAUACUGGUAUGAAACCAAACGAAGCUGAUGUUAAAUACUUAGAAACUGCCAAACGAUUGGAAUUAUACGGUGUCGAUUUACACCCGGCCAAAGAUACAGAAAACGUCGAUAUUUAUAUUGGUGUUGGUUUUCAUGGUGUAGUUAUUUAUCGUGACCGACUGCGUAUCGGUCGAUUUGCAUGGCCUAAAGUUCUGCGUAUAUCAUAUAAGAAAAAUAAUUUCUAUUUGAAAAUCAGACCUGAUUAUUCAGAACCUGUAGAAGCUAUAGUAGGCUUUCGUUUGUUAAAUCCACAUUUAGCUAAUCGGUUGUGGAAAGCUGCUGUAGAACAUCAUGCAUUUUUUCGACUGAAAGAAACACCAGCACCUAAACGACCUUUGUCAACACCCAGUUUAAAUAAAUCACAGUUUCGUUACACUGGACGAACAUUUUUCCAAUAUCGUACAACGAAUAUUGAUAGGCCACAUCCACGAUUCAAUCGUUCAAUGUUGAAGCGACGUACAGCAAGCAUGCCUACUGGUUUAAAUGCAGCUAUGAAUAUACAUACACUAAACAGAACACAUCCACGUGAUAUGACUGUGGGUAAAAGUCAAAAUAGUGAUCAGUCGCAAGAAUUACGACGCUUUGGUUCCGUUCAAAUGGGACGUUAUGGCGGUGGAGUCAAUGGGAAUGGUGGUGCAACGCAUUUAUACGGCACUGUCCCACGACAUCAUCCAUAUUCCGAGUCUGUUGCGUCUGAAGCACAAGAUGUACAAUCUCAAUUAAGUAAACAAUGCAGUGAUGGUGCUGCGAAUAGUUUAUCAUACGGAUCUGUAAAUGAGAGCUAUGAAAAUGAAGCUCCUUAUAAUGAUUAUGUAAAUUAUCGACAUUCCGAAAAAUCUAAGCCAAACGAAAUAUUAUCUGUUACAAGUGGGUCUCAGUCAAGUGAUUAUCCUGUUAUUCAACAUGGUCGAAACGAUCGUAAAGGUAGGCAUCCUUCUGACAUCUCAAAUUCCACAAAUGGACAUAGACCGAAUUCUCCUAUAUAUGCAAAUACUAAAACUCAUCGUCGUAAAAAGCAUCAUGAUGAAUCAUUACCGAACACUGUCCAGCAAAAAGAUAAUUAUUCUUAUGAUCCGAACAAUAGAAUAAGCAAUUUAUCAUCCAGUCAUAAACCUCCUGUUGGUGGUGUACCAGUAUUUGGAGGUGUAAUGCUUCCUAAUAAUCAUCUUAAUCAGGAAAAAGACAAACUCAGACGAUCUGAUCAAUUGAGCCCUUUGAAUUCCCACUACAAGAAGAAACCACAAUAUCAUUCGGAAGAGAACGAUGAAGAGCAAACUGUAACGCUCACUGAAGAUAAAGCUGAUCAUAAUCAGUACAAAUCUAGUUUCAAACACCGAAAGCAAUUACAAACAGAUAAUUAUGGUGCAGUACCUAAUCAUAAUCGAUCCAGACAUUCUGGGCGAUCACAUCGAAGACAAUCAGGAAACGUAGAAGGUAUGUUAUAGUUUGAGGAAACCUUAUCGUUAAUCGAACACAUCGUAUUUCCUAGUGAAUCGAUUGGUUGUCCUCUUCUUUUAUUAUGUAUGCUCAUAACCUGGGGCUUCCAUUAUUUUGCGUAAAUCUUAGUUCCUCACUACACUGUUGUUUUAUUUAUGUGAUUAUCAACAGUUUUUCUUAAAAUAUUUUAUCUUGUGAUUUAAACAGUUAUUCAGUUUAGGACUAUAUAUAUAUACAAUGGGUCUUACUUAUUGUACUGCUUACUGUUAUCAUAUCGUCUACACAUUACUUAUUAUGAUUAUUGUCUUUUUUUUUUAAUAUUUUCUCAUUCCAUUUUUUUUAAUCAUGUCGGCGUUGUUGAUUUACUCAUGCUCACAUAUCAUUUUUAUAUAAAAAUUAUCAUCUUGAUUUAGUCUCUUUUGUUACUUUCUCUAAAACUGUUAUUUGUACAUGGUUUUAUUUCUAAGCCUCAACAUAUCUAUUCAGUUAUUUAUCUAGUAGAUUGUUUUGAGAACUGAACUAUAUAUAUUUGUUAUAAUUUCAUUGCUGCCCAUUAUGCGUUCUUAUUC